AUGACAGAAGAACGACUGGCGAUCCUGGUUAAGUCCGGGAAAAAAGUUUCAGAAGAAUUUCAGGUAACUUGGAAGAAUCACGAGUUGAACGUAUGGGUGGAGGAAAUUUCUGGGCAGUGGUUUCCUGAUUUUCUUGAGCCGAUUGACUCGGAUGGAGGGUCGCCGGAAGUGUCAUCGGCUUUUGGCGAUUUUCCGCCUAAUGAAAGUGGUCAUACCAAAGGUUGCAUGGAUGACCGUUCAGAAUCUUGCAUGGGGGAGUCAACAGUUGCUUUAUCGCUAAAUCCUGAGGUAAGCAUGCAUGAAGACUGCGUGCAUGGGGAACAUGAUCAGCCACCUUUUGGUAAUAAUGAGGAAAGAGAAGUGGGGGAAGAGAAUGGACCCCAAAAGGAUGCUAACCGGCCUUUGGAGGAGCCCACUACAUCAGUUCCCAGGCCCAGCUAUAUAACAUGUAGGCCCAAAAAAUCUUUGAUGUUAUCUCUAAAAACCAAAGAUUUCUUUUUAACGUCGGGGUUCUUGGCUGGAGUUGCCGAUAGAAUAAAUAUAGUGAACAUUCAUGCUCCAAACGAUUCGGUGUUACGGAGAAAUUUAUGGGUUGAGUUAGCGGCUCUGAUUGCUCAACAAGACGGCUUCUGGGUCCUUCUAGGCGACUUUAAUGAUGUUCGUGCUGAACCAGAAAGAGUGAAUUCUAAAUUCGAUAGGGCUGCUACAGAGGCCUUCAAUGGCUUCAUCGAUAAUUCUGGGCUUCUGGAAUUCUCCAUGACAGGAGCUACAGAUUUUGGCCCCAUCCCCUUUAGAUUUUAUAACUCUUGGAUCGGGGAGAAAAGACUUUUGGAGAUUAUUCAUUCGGGUUUGCCUAUACUGUUGGGGGUAGGUAAAAAAGAUGUGGUCUUGUCUGACUUCCUGCGUCGAAUAAAGGCAGCCAUUAAAAAGUGGAGAAUAGAAGUUAAAGAGAAAGAUAACAAAGAUGUUCUGGAUCUGCAAGAGUGUAUUCGGAGUAUAGAGGAAAAGGUUGCUGACGGGACGGCUUCGGCGGUAGAGAAGAAGUUGAGAAUUGAUCUCCGGGUCAAGGUAAACAAAUUAGAGUCUAUCAAAGUGAAAGAUCUCCAACAAAAGGCUCGCGUUAUCUGGGCAAAAUUCAGCGAUGAAAAUAGCUCCUUUUUUCACAAGAUCAUCUCUACUAAUUUGGCUAAUAACAGGAUAAACGGGCUGUGUUUUCAAAACAGAGUUGUUUCUGACCCAGGGGAAUUAAAAGAGGAGAUUAGAAAAUGGUUCAGGAAACAAUUUGCUGAACCUAUCAGGCGUAGACCUGAUUUUGACGGCGAUGGGCUGCCGAGGUUGUCGAAGCAGUGCGGGAGGAUUCUUUGUGAAAGGUUUUCAGAAAAAGAGGUUUACACGGCUGUUAAAAACUGUGACGGUGCCGAUGGGCUUAAAAAGGUCAUUAACGAGAUUUCUUCUCCCGUUCAGUCGGCUUUCGUCGAUGGAAGAAAUAUUCUUGAUAAUCCUCUGAUUAUUAGUGAGACGGUGGCUUGGGCGAAAAAAUCAAAAUCUAAGUUGCUUAUUUUUAAAGUCGAUUUCGAAAAGGCAUAUGAUUCUAUUAACUGGAAAUUUCUCGCCCGUAUGUUAUCUAAAAUGUCUAUUCCGGAGAAAUGGAUAUGUUGGAUAAGAGGAUGUCUUGAAUCUGGCAUGGGGUCGGUCCUUGUCAACGGUUCGCCAACCAAAGAAUUCAAGUACAAGCGGGGUCUAAGACAGGGUGAUCCCUUAGCCCCUUUUUUGUUUAUUAUAGCUAUGGAGAUUUAUCUCGUCACCGGUCUCAAAGUUAAUAGGCAGAAAAGCAAAGUUUUUGGUAUUGGAGUAAAGGAGGAUGAAGUGGUUCAGGUAGCCAAUUUGGUAAACUGUGAAGCGGGGAAUCUUCCGUUCACUUAUUUAGGUAUCCCUAUUGGUGCUAACAUGAAAAGAGCCAAGUUUUGGAAGCCUAUCGUCGAUAAAUUCACUGCCAAGCUUUCAAAAUGGAAAGCUAGGUAUCUCUCGUUUGCGGGUCGAAUGACUUUGGCAAAAUCGGUCCUUGGUAGCCUGCUGUCUUACUUUCUUUCUCUGUUUUCAGCCCCUAAAUGCAUUAUUAAAAAGCUCGAGAAGAUUAGACGGGAUUUCUUAUGGGGUAAAAGUAGUUCGAGACAUAACAUGAGAUGGAUUAAAUGGGAUUUGUUGCUUAAAUCCAGGAAAGAUGGAGGUAUGGGUAUGGGGGGUAUACAAGAGUUUAAUCUCGCUAUGCUUUCGAAAUGGUGGUGGAGGAUAAAAGUUAACCUGAGUCAGUUGUGGGCUGAAGUUGUGGCAGCCGUUCAUAGAGGUAUUAGCGCUUCGCAGUCGUUGAUUCCGAUAAAAAAAUCGGUCCCCGGGGUAUGGAAAGAUAUAGCUUCGGUCGAGGUAACUCUAUCCAAAAUCGGCAUAGAUAUUAAAGAAAAAUUUGUUCAAGAUGGUUCUUGCUGGAAAUGGGGAAAUGAUCCGGCCGGUUCCUUCACUGUAAAACAAGUGAGAAUCGACAUUGAAAAAGCUUUACACCAACAGGCGGAUGAUGGGUUCAUGUACGAGUGGAACAAUUGGGCUACGUCAAAAGCUAAUUAUCUUUUAUGGAGGGUGAUGUUGGGUAAGGUAGCUUCGAAGAUUGGCCUUAUGCACAGGGGUAUUACUCUCGGUGACACGAUGUGUCCUCGAUGCGGGUUAUACGAAGAAAAUACGGACCAUAUUUUUGUCAACUGUUUAUUGGCCAAGUGUGUGUGGUGGAAUGUUUUGGCUUGGGUUCGGAUAAAGUUCACCGAAUGUGACAAUCUAAAAGACUUUAUCACCCUUAUUACUCAAAGCCCGGGAGACAAAGUGUGGAAAAAAGCGGUCUACAUGAUUGCCAUCGCGACUAUUUGGAGAAUUUGGUGGGCUAGAAAUGAGAAACUUUUUGAAGACAAUUUCAUCCCGUUCAAUAGGAUGGUGGACCAGAUUAAGGAGGAUACCUACGUUUGGAUUUGCAACCGAUCGAAGCUAAAGCCGCUCAAAUGGGAUAACUGGAAGGUUUUUGAUAUUGUAGGAAUAAUGUAA